UCUGAAGAAAAAAAAACAUAACAUGCAGCUCCUUAUAAAUGUUGUGUAGUUUUCAACGUUUUUCCAUUAAAUUUAAAUAAAGCCCGUGCAUGAAUAGUUAAGCAAGUAUUUAAUAUUUUACUAGGUAUUUCUGGAUAUAAUAAUUAAAUUUUAUUUUAAUAAUUUGAUUAAUAUCAUGAUGGUCAGUUAUAGUGAUACAUUUUUUAAAUUAGUUUAGUAAUUUUUGUAUUGAUUUUAACAUUCAAAUUCAAUAUGUUUAAAAGCCGCGGCGAUAGUAAUAUUGUUUAUAAAUGUACAGUACGGUUAUUGGAGGAUACAGAGAUUUUAGAAUGCGAAUUUCACCCUAGUUACAAAGGAAAAUUCUUACUGGAACAUGUUUGCCAACAAUUAAAUUUGACUGAAACUGACUAUUUUGGCCUAAGAUAUGUGGAUGCUAAUGGUCAACGGCAUUGGCUACAUUUAGCCAAAUUAAUACUAAAACAAGUUAAGGAUGCAAGUCCAAUAUUGUUUAGUUUCCGGGUGAAAUUUUAUCCUCCUAAUGCAUUGUUGCUAAAGGAAGAUGUCACCCGGUUUCAAAUUUAUUUACAAUUGAAAAGGGAUUUACUUCACGGAAGACUUUAUUGUACUGCAAAUGAAGCUGCAAUGCUUGGUGCAUUGAUCAUCCAGAUUGAACUUGGUGAUUAUGAUCCAAAUAUACACGUCGGGAAUUAUGUGACAGAAAUGAGGCUUUUGCUAAGACAGACUGAUGCCAUUGAGGCUAGAAUACAGGAACUACAUCAAGAGCCAGUGGAAGGUACUCCGGGUGGUACAGGUGGAGUUAAAGGAAUGUCUACACAGGAGGCAGAACGAACAUUCCUUAAAAUUGCCUGUCAACUUGACACUUAUGGUGUUGAUCCACACCCCGUUAAGGAUCACAGGGGCAAUCAACUAUACUUAGGUAUUAACCAUUGCGGUAUAUUAACAUUCCAAGGAAGCAGGAAGACGCAUCAUUUCAAAUGGUCGGAAGUGCAUAAAAUCAAUUUCGAAGGAAGAAUGUUCAUCGUUCAUCUUAACUAUCCAGAGAAAAAGCAUACUGUUGGUUUCAAGUGUCCGAGUGGCGCCGCGUGCAGGCACGUGUGGUGCUGUGCGAUUGAACAAAUGCUAUUUUUUACAUUACCGUCGUCAUCGGACGCUUGCGUCUACUCCGGUGGAGGGUUAUUCUCAUGGGGUACUAAAUUUAAGUACGUGGGCCGAACAGAGAGGGAGAUAUUAGAAAGAGACGGACUGCUGGCGUCUAGAGACUCUCAGGAUGAGGGCUCAAGUACUGGCGGGAAACGAAAGGCAUCAAGCGUACCAGCAACGCCUUCCACUCCUAUGACUGGAGAUUUCGCUAAAUUCAAGAUGUUUGUAGGCUACAGCAGCUUACCAAGAUCCACACACAGUGCCCCAUUAGAAGAAAGUGCAAUUCCAGGAUCUAAUAUACCGGAUGGUGAGGCUUGUACUGGCGGAUGCUUGCUUAGCGGCGCUGCCGUUGAUAUUGCACUUUGUGACCACUUUAGGACUGUAUCUGAUGAUAAAACAGCGUGUGCUGAAUACACGCGCGAUUCAUUCGAGCACUCUUCAACUGAGUCGGGAGCGACAACCCACGCUACACACGUGUCACACGCUUCACAGCAUGCGGACGACUGGCGACCUCCCGCCCUCCAACCUCCCCCCCGACCUUUCAGCCUGCUUCGUGCUUUCGUUCCAUCCUUUUUGUUUGUAUGGCUCUCUCUCGCUCUAGGAAUGCUUCUUCUAUUCGAAACCGAUUGGCCCCUUUUUAGACCCUUAAAGCGGAAACCGGAACUUGUCUCGCUAAGGCAUCACUACUACGCGCCACUGAAGGAGUACCUCAAAAAGAAGGUUGUUGAGCUUUUUUGAUUCGCAAAUUCGAGAGAUUGUGGAACAUUCGAGAAGACUUGUUUCAGGGGUUUUUGCUGAAAUUUUAGCUGGACGUUACUGUUGCCAAAUGGCUUGAAGCAAGUUUUGUCAUUUAAAAUAAACACUAAAAUUAGUAAUAUUUACAAAAUUAAUGACAUUAAGUGCAAAUUAUUUCUAAAACAAUUUUAGAAUUGACAUGAAAAAUGCAGUAAAACUGAUUCUGUGUGUGUAGAGCCUUUAUCCAGCUGUAAUGGUGAAUCUACAUAUAUUCUUCUAUAGAAAUUGUUUUUUGUAUUGAUUAUUGAUUUAUUAGCUGGCCUAAGUGUUUGGGAUUCGUUAAAUCUCUAUAAUUAACGGAUACCGAUAGGUAAACGUGACAGUAGUCAAUUCAGAUGUGUCAAAUUUUUGGACACGUUUUACCAAAGAGAAAUAAAUAUAUUAUGGCAUAGUAUAGCAGAACUUUUUACAUGACUUCCGUAUGUAUAUCCAAUAUAUACAAACGUACAAAACGACUUAGGACGACGACGAUAAAUCUCCUCCCAUAAUAUUAACCUGAGUCUUGACCAGCGUUGCCAGAAAAAAGCGGGAUUCUUUUGUCAAAAGCGGGUAAAGAAAGUAUUUAAAAAUCGGGACGACUGGCAACGCCGGUCUUGACUCACGACAAGUCUCAACUCGGCUCUGUUAAAAACUCUCCCAGAUUUUUUUCAAAUAUAUAAUUUUAGUGUUUCUAUAUAAAAUAUUAAUGACAUACGCCCUAAUAUAUUUAAAUCGCUUUGAGUUGCGGAAGUAAUCCGUGUUAUGUAAGUUUUAUAACAGCUUGCUUUAGAGGUUAUAUUGCACAAAUUUGGUAGUUCACGCGAUAUUUUAGCAAAUUAUUUUUUGUAAUGCAGAAGCUUAGGUUAAGAUAAUUAUAGGAACAAAUAUUAUUCUAUAAGUGUUGUAUGAAAUUUACGUUGCACGGUUUUGAGUUUUGGAGGAUGUUCACGCGUCUCGCAGUUAUGGGCCAUUUUAAGGUUAUUUGCUACUAAAAGUACUAUUGAGCAUGUAUCAAUAACUACGUUGAAUUCUGAAGCGAGCUAGUGAAAAUAGUGGUUACGUACACGUUAACCAUAUGAAUAUUUAAAUUUGGGACUUGGAAGUCCAUGUUAAAUGGGAGUCGCCUAUAUGUUGAAAACCUAUAGGUAUUCGUACAUGAGCGAACUAUUUUUUACCGCUUUUAAUUCUGCUGCGAUAACGCUUGUCACCUUGCCUUUACAAGAAAUUUGAUUUUUAAAUAGAAAUAUCAUUCCUGAACGCAAGUAUUUACGCUUAUAUUUACGAAUGUUUAUUUAUUACGCAUAUUUUUUAUUAACUUUAUAGAUGUAUUUAUUUCAAAUGUGAUUUUAUAAUUGCACAGAUUAUUAAUAUAUUACUAGUGGUAAACAAAAAAACAUUUAAGCGCUAGUCGCAAAUCGCUAGCAAAAUUAACUUGUUUGAUUUGUUUAGGCAAAUAAUCAAGUGCACAAAUUCAGUUCUCUAGAUUAAACACGCUUAAUAAAUUAGUAAUCCACUAAGAAUAGGUAAGAAUUAUAUCUAGUUAUCUUUUUAAAUAAUAUUAAUUUCAAAGUCUAUAUUCUGAAAAUUUUAUGGUUUUCUGAGCUUUAAGAAUAUAUUUCUGAACGUAAAUAGCGAUAUUAACAUUCCCAGAUGAAUGUGCUAUGAAAAAUAAGAAUUGACCUAAAGGUUGUAAAUGCCAGGUCGUAAAAUCCCAAUAAAAAUAACAUUCUAAAUAACCGUUAUUUUUUGUGGUUUUGAUUAUAUUGACUGAAGUGUAACUGCAUUUAUUAAUAUCAUUGACAUUAUGAAUGAGGUGUUUCUUAACCAGAAUCUCACGUAUAACAUGUAAUUAAUUGUAUAUUAAAAGUUUAUUUUUAAGUAAAUAGUUAAGCACUUAAACUAAUGCUUAAAACGCACGUAACGCCUUGAUGAAUACCUGAUUACUUUAGCUUUCCUAGUCACUUUUGUAAAUAAUUUAGCAUAGAUAAUAUCGGUAUUAAUAUGUACAAAUUCACAAAUAGCUAUUGAAUGUUGUUUGUUAACAUUUUAUAACUGUUUGAGUCUUAAUAUAUGUGUGAGUGUCGAUGAAAACGUUGAGUAAUAAGAAUCACGUCCUACGUUAUUGCAAGCUUACGUUGUUUUAUUAAGUCUAGUCAAUGGAACUCGCAAGUUUGCGCAUAAUUGCAAUGAAUUGAUGCCGCGUACCAAUUGAGUAAACAGUAUGCAAAGGUUAAUUAAUUGACUUAUUGUAAUGUAUACUCUAUGGCUUGGGAAUAGAGUCGAGAGUACAGAUAGAAGUAUUCUGUGUUGCCAUAGCGCUAUUAUUUCUGUGGACCAACAUUAAUUUUGUACCUGUAAAAAUGUUAUUUUUUAAUACUGCUUUACAACUUUUACAUCUCCAGUAGUAUUAAGACAUAGUAAUGCUUGUACUUGGAAUUUUUGUAAAAUGGAUUAGCCUAAAGACCAGUAGAGACAUUGCGUCCAUAUUUCAUUCAAUUUGCAUUAAAAUGUUACAACGCAACAAUUUUCGUUUAAUACAGUGUUAAAAUAGCUUUCUAAUAUUUAUGUUAAAUUCAUAUUAUUGAAGUAAUUUUUAUGGUUAAUAAACUUUUUUUAGUAAUACGAAUUAUGGUAUUUGCGCUUAAACGCUAAAGCCAAAUAUUUGUAAUGGAUAUAAAAUGUACAAUAUCGGCAUGUAACAUAAGCACAAAUUGAAAUAAUAUAGCCAUUAUAAAGUUUGAAUAAAACACUUGCCAGUCUGUUUCAUGUUUUAUUAUUUAGAAAAUAAUUCCAAAAUAAGCAACAAACAAAUACAUUAACAACAU